UAUCGUGUAACGGAUCUUUUCGGGCAAUCUGAAAAUUCGGAUCCGAGAUCCUGGGAGAGCGGCGGCUAUGGAGUCCAUGGAAGCUCCGUCUCCGCCUUCGCAAUCUCUUUCUCGUCCCUGCCAACUGCAGCAUUUCUACCUCGCCGUGGAUCGACCCCAGUUCAAAAUGGAGACGGUGGUGGAAUUACUGAAUGUUGUUGGUCGGCGUCCAUGGCUGCCGAUUGUCAUAUGUUGCAGCUCCCGCGACGAGCUUGACGCCGUCUGCUCUUCUUUGUCCUCUCUUCCUUACAUUUCCUUAGCCUCUUUGUACAGCGACUUGGCGGAGCGAGAACGAGCUGUAGUUUUGGAGAGGUUCCGGCAAGCGACAUUCAAGUGGAAACAGCAUACGUUAGAUGUAAAAGAAGAAGGGGAUGAUAGUGAAAUAGGAAAUGAAGGAAAGAAAUCUCAUCUGGUGGUCGUCACUGAUGUGUGUCUCCCCAUGAUUUCUUCCGGAGAAUCUCCACUCUCUGCUCGUGUUCUCAUCAACUACGAGUUGCCAACGAAGAAGGAAACGUAUAUGAGGCGUAUCUCGACUUGCUUGGCCUCAGACGGGAUUGUCAUAAACAUGGUGGUUGGUGGUGAAGUGGUGACUCUGAAAAGCCUUGAAGAAAGCAGUGGCACUAUCAUAGCAGAGAUGCCCAUAAAUAUAUCUGAGAUCUUGUAACUGACUUAUCAAUCUCCUGCGUUGCAUGACUGUAACUACAAGCCCCAGUAGAUGAUGAGCUUGUCUGGUCCAAGGUUAGCCAAAUCCCAAAAGAAGUAGAUGUCGGGACGAGCUCUGUUCUGUUAAAGAUGUAGUUUUUAUUCUUAUAACUGGUCCUUAUAUUUUGUUGUCCAAUUUCAAUCUACUUAAAGAAACACUGAAUUGAAUUCGUUGCAGUAUUCUUGUUGGUA